AUGGACAGCGGCGAAACAUCCCUCCCGCGCCUCCUCUCCAGCUUGCGCACGACGCUACAUCCAGAGACAUACGUCUUUGCGACCGUCCCCGUCCCCGUCCCCGUCCCGGCCGAGAAGUCCCGCGACAUCAACUCCCUCCUCCCCGUCCCUCUGGGAGAUAUCUGCCUGUUCUUCCGCGAACCGCAACAAACGGGAAACAGCAGCGGCGCCAAGGAUACCAUCACCUUGGUAAUUCCCCUCUCGACGGCGCAGAGGCACAACGUCCCCGAAUCCACAUCCACGUCCGCGUACGGCUACACGUACCCCUGCCGGAUGAUCACGUGCGCGGUUCACUCGUCGCUCGCGGCCGUCGGGUUCAUGGCCGUGCUGGCUACGAGGCUCGCGCGGUGCGGCAUCAGCGUCAACCCUGUUAGCGGGUUCUACCAUGAUCAUCUGUUCGUGCCGGUGGAGCGGGCUGAGGAGGCUGUGGAGGUGUUGGCGAGGGUGAGGGAGGAGGCGGAAGCGGAAGCGAAGGCUGCAGAGAUGAAGGAGGCUGCGGCGACGUGA